AUGGGGGAUUCUAGCUCCAUUCCUACCACGAGGGGCCUGGGUGCCUUCGUAGAGGGUCUUGGUGCUGUAGUCAAAGGUCCGGUCAAGCGAUGGGACGGUGCUGCGAGGACUUGCUACAGCUGGGACGAGUUGCGAAGGGAUCCGGAACUAUGGUACCGCAACGGCAAUUGUCUCGUCCACCUAUACGGCAAAGGACAAUCGAAGCGAGGCCCUUCAUUCAAGAUUCCUUUCAAAGAUCUUGUGAUGAAGAAGUGCUACCCACUUAUCGAACGAUUUCUCGCUCCCCCGGGAGUAAAUGUGACAAAUUUGCGACAACUGGAAAGAUGGAGCCGGCUCAACCCAGACCAAAUGAUUGAACUCUACAUCCCAGCCCCCGCAAUGGCCGACAAGAGUCAGGCAUUCGCAUAUCAUGUUGCGACCCGCAACUUCUUUGCUUGGGUGUUCCAGAAAUCCAUGGUUGGGGAGCACUUGGGGACUGCGCUUGUCGGACUCUUGCACAGUAUGUAUGAGUUUCGAACAGAGGGAAGCUCUAAUAUCGAUGAAUUGAUAAGCUACCUUGACGAGGAGGGCUAUCUGGGUUUCGUCAAUCAGACAAAUCACGCGCUGGCAAUCCUGCAUCUCGCGGAAACCUUCGAAAUUACUGACCUCUAUCUCAAGGCGUUCGCGCAUUGCACUGGCAUGAGCGAUCGCCUGUACACGAGUGAGGAAUACGAGGUGAUCACGAUGGAAACGAAGAAGCUGAUCCGAAAAGCGCGUGCGGAUAUGGAUUCAAAGCUUUACACUGCCACGGAGCAGCUUCAAACGCUUCUUGAUGAAGAGUUGUCAGACGCACAUAUGGGCAUGCCUUCUGGCACAAGAGCACAUAUGGAGCGGUUCAGAAGCUUUUUACUCUCAUUUUAUGCCACCCGCCUUGGAUAUUAUCCUCCCAAGGCUUUUGAUACCCAGCUUCUGCAGUCUAUGCGGAAGGACUUCGAGUGCUUGGUGAAUCUUCUGGCCGACGAAGCCUACACUGAAUCAGAUGUCAUCCCUUCUGAUGCUCUCGGCGGAAUUUGCACCCUGCAACUGUUGCAGUCAUUUGAUAAUACGCAUGGUUUCGAGACUCUGAAGCACCCUCUACCACUCCUGCCUGACUUCAAGCAGAACGUGCCAAAUCGAUUUUCAUGGCUGACCCGGUCCGAUAAACUGCGCCCAAAUCAGAGACUUCUUGCUCAUACUGCUCUUAUCAAGGCUUCAAAUUGGACCGAAAGCAUCUUUCAUAGUGACAUUGUCAAGGCCUACCGCCAAUUUGAAGAGCAACUCGUCAUGAAGUCGAAGAAGGGCGAUAAGCAAGAGAAGGUGACGCUGGUAGAAGCCCGCAAGGUUCGCUGGAUUCUGGUCUAUGCCGUCUACCAGGUCCUGCGAAGUGUGACAGACGUCCCUCCUGAGCUACGAGAUGUCUCAAACGCGCCAUAUCCUACACUUGUUUCGCUCCAAGACCUGCCACCCUGGCAAGAGAUGAAGCCUAUCGAUCGUAUUCUACGCAGACAAACCGAAUUUGUCCUCGAAAAUUCUUCAGAUGGGCAAUGGCUUAGCCCCACAACCGCUCCCCAGCCUCGUCUAUCUCGCGACUCAGUGAGGAUAGAGAUCAAGCCCGAUAUUGAUUACCUGGCUCUCUCACACCAAGGGGAGUUUGGUAGUCACUAUUCGCCCAGUAGCCCAGUCAUCAUGGUGCCACCGCGCUCAAGUUCGCUCUCGCGUGCUCUGAGUCGAAGCUCGACCAUUCGUCGCUCCAUGAGGCGGUUCAGGGCGAAUUCGAACCCUCCAACCCCACCCUCGGGGGCUUCGUCUCCCAGACCUUGCUUCCACGAAAUUGUUGUUCAAGGAUAUGGCAAUGGAACGAACCGUGUGGAUACCAAACCUGCCAGGCAGACGUAUGACACACAAAGGUGGUCCCCUAGGAGCGAGCGGGGAGAAGACGAGUCAAACUCGCAGCCUGAAUCUGGGCUCGCAACCCCCCAGACCACCGAUAGUGAUGAUACACUUGAUGAUUCGAUCAAGACACCCAGCCCAAUUAUUCCGCUCGCGGAAAUGCACCCGCCCACUCCCAAGCCGCUUCGGGUUGGACGACGUGAUGUUGUUUCCAUGUUUAUAAGCAGAUCUCUAUCAGCUCGGUCUGCAAGGCAGUCCACCAGGUCGGACAGAAGACCCAUGAGCAGCUUCUUUGGAGGCAAUGACCUGCCCCAGGACUAUUCAGAUGCCUACCAAGAGCUCGUCGCAGAACAGCGUCAAAGCUUUUUCGGCGGCGAUUGCUCUCCCGCAUACAAGGGCCAUCCGGACAUAGAUGAGGAGCCUCACAUUGUGGACCGCGAUUACUGGGAGACGAUGGAGGCCUAUCUUGAGGAAGGUGGCGAGCUUUCGGACUCGCCCCGUCCCGCGAGUGCCUAUGCCCGACCUGUCUGGGAGCAGUACGCCAACCUAGGAGGCCUUACGGAGAUCAAGUAG